AAAAUAUUGCAGAUGACCGCGGGUAUUUACCGUUGACGGCAGCUUUUUCCUAGUCCAAUUGCAUAUGUGACUCUAAAGAAAUAAAUAAAUAGAAAAUUUGCAAAAAUGACCCGACCAGUGCUUGUAACAGAAAAUUCGCGAAGUGCGUUAAUGACAGCUACUGGCAUCGCACCACCAGAAACACUACCACAGUUUGUUGCAGCAUUUGUAGCUACUCUCUCAGCAGUAUGUAUGGGUAUGGUAUUUUCCUGGACAGCGUCAGCCCUUCCAAGAUUAGAAACUGAAUUCCAUAUUAGCGAUUCUCAAGGAGCCUGGAUCGGGUCGUUGGUAACAUUAGGCGCAUUUAUAGGAGCAAUUCCUACCGGUUCUAUCGUACAUCAUAUAGGAAGAAAAAGAACAUUGCAAAUUUUAAUAUUACCUUUACUGAUAUCAUGGAUUUUGAUCGCGUAUUAUUACCACUGUAUACCCGUGGUUUAUUUCGCAAGAUUCAUAGCCGGAUUAUCAGCAGGAGGUAUAAGUGUAGCUGCCCCAAUGUACGUGUCAGAACUUGCACAUAUUUCUAUUCGAGGUACUCUGGGUACAUUUUUCCAAGUCCAAAUAACGGUGGGACUUCUUAUCGGAUAUUUAUUUGGUGGGAUAAUAACAGAUUUAAGACUGUUAUCUUUGGUAUCCUCUAUAUUACCUCUUAUAUUUCUUCUAAGCUUUGCCUUUAUACCAGAAUCGCCAGUCUACUUAUGCGAGAUAUCCAAUAUGGAAGAUGCUGCAAAAAAUCUCGUUUGGUUUAGAGGACAAACCUAUGAUGUGGACGACGAGUUACUUAAAAUUACCGAAGACAUAAAAGAGUCUCGUAAAGUCAAAGCGAAGAUUUCCGACCUAGUAAAAACUAAAGCCACAUUUAAAGGACUAAUUGUGGGGUUUGGGCUUAUGAUAUUUCAACAGCUAAGUGGUAUUAACGCUGUACUAUUUUACACAAAUUAUAUAUUCGAUCGAAGUGGCGGUUCUCUAUCACCGAAGCAUUGCACUAUUGUGGUUGGAUUGGUUCAGGUGAUAGCAACACUUGGCUCAACUGUACUAAUUGAAAAAGCUGGAAGAAAAAUGCUACUUGUUUUAUCGGAUUUGAUAAUGUGCAUAUCACUAGCAGCUCUUGGUGUAUAUUUUUACCUUGACACUUUUACCGAUGUAACAGCAUAUUCGUUUGUACCAUUGAUAAGUGUAGCUCUAUUUAUUAUAUUUUUUUCCAUCGGUUUCGGACCUAUCCCCUGGAUGAUUAUGGCAGAGAUAUUUACUCCAAAAGUGAAGGGUAUUGCAAGCUCACUAGCAGCUUCCCUUAACUGGUUUUUAGCUUUUAUGGUGACAAAUCAAUUUGCCACAAUGCUGGAUUUCUUUGGAAUUGGACCGACGUUUUUGAUAUUCAGUGUAAUUUGUGGCUUAGGAACUGCGUUUGUUCUUUUAUUCGUGCCCGAAACCAAAGGCAGAACGAUCGAAGAAGUUCAAGCUAUAAUGUUAGGAGUUCAGGCUGAAAAAAAUCUUGUUAACGAGAAGACCAACAAAAUGUCAACUUUUGUUUAAUAAUAUCUGUGACAGUUAAUAAAUAAUAUAAGUAAAUUAACUACAGCAAUAUACAUAUAUAAUUAAUUAACAUUUCACAACUAGGUUUUGAUUUUAAUAUUAAAUAGCAGUAUAGUACAAAUUAUAUUAAGAAAUAAACUUCUGAAAAUAUA